CAGAGUCGCGCUGGCUUCACUGUGAAGUUCAACCCUGCUGCUUCCUUUCGCUCUCUACAGAGAAAUAAAACGUAGUUCAUAAACGACACCUUUUUAUCUUACGGACUUGAACAGAACGCCAUAUUUGUAAGAAACUCCGUUCCAGUGACGCUCGACGCGUCCCGCGGUUUAUCUAUUCUCAGUCUGCGUAGUAAAACCCUGUAUUCCUUCAGUUGCUGAAUAAAACUUUCUGCAAUUUCCCACGGAAGGAAGGAAGAAGCGCCAGCGGGUCGUUGAGGGUAAAGCGAGCUGGAUGACGGUGCGGACCGCUGCAUGGGAGUAAGAUGCCCGCUCCUCUUAAGUUCCACGUCGGGAGGUGAGCAACCAUGUCAGCGGGGGUUCGUUUUGGGAAAUGAUAACUGGCUGCACCGACGGUGAAAUAAUGGUCAGAAGAUGUCUAGUAACGUUCAAACCAUUCAGGAUAUUUGUGGUGGGAGUGGGCUUCUUCAGCCUGUGCUUUCUAAUGACUUCUCUGGGGGGGCAGUUCUCAGCCAAGAGACUGGGAGACUCCCCGUUCACCAUCCGUACAGAAGUGCUGGGAGGUGUGGAGUCACGUGGUGUGCUGAGGAAGAUCAGUGACAUGUUGGAGGUGAUUCUGAAGAGGAUGGACACCCUGUCCAAACUCGACAACAGCUCCACCUCAGAUGCAAGACGCUUGGAUGAGCUCAGCUCUGCUAUCAAUCGGUUUCAACCAGUCGGCCUGGUGGAGAGGAUCCAAGCGAUAGCUCAGAAUGUUUCCAACAUGGCCAUAAGGGUGGAACAGAUCCUUCAAAGUAGUAUGAUGCAAGGCAGAGUGCUGAGAGAUGGAACAGCGAGCCAGUGUGAAGUACCAAGGGAUAGCCGCUUUCCUGAGUGCCCCGGAAAAGUAGAUUGGAUGCGUGCUCGGUGGACAUCGGACCCUUGUUACGCCUUCUAUGGUGUUGAUGGUUCAGACUGUUCUUUCCUCAUCUACCUGAGCGAAGUGGAGUGGUUCUGUCCCCCACUGCCCUGGAGGAACCACACAACCAUCCCCACCCAGCAUAAACAGCAGACAAAAAUCCCCAAGAGACAAGCUGCCUUCCGCACAGACCUGUCUGUUCUGCUGGAUCAGGUCGGUGGUGGAAAAGAGUCUCUCAGCUUCAUGAAGCGCCGAAUCAGACGGCUCGCACAGCAGUGGGCAACGGCUGCCAACCGUCUGGAUGCCAAACUCGGGCAACGUUGGAGGGACCAAAAGAAGAUCCUGGUCCAUGUGGGGUUCCUCACAGAAGAAUCCGGGGAUGUUUUCAGCCCAAAGGUGCUGAAGGGGGGACCUCUAGGGGAAAUGGUCCAGUGGGCCGACAUCCUGACUGCCCUCCAUGUGCUGGGACACAACCUCAAGAUCUCCAUGUCUGUUAAAGAGCUUCAAGGGUUUCUUGGAGUGCCCCCUGGUAGAGGUAGCUGCCCACUCACUGGUCCGUUGCCCUUCAACCUCGUUUACACUGACUACCAUGGCCUACAACAGAUGAAGCAACACAUGGGACUCUCACUCAAGAAACACAAGUGCAGAAGAGAGAUUUGGGCAGUUUUAGGUUGGUCAAGACAAUGCUUCAGGAAUCCCCGAUUGAGAUGCCAUAUCAGAGUUAUUGACACAUUUGGGACAGAGCCAGCUUACAACCAUGAAGAGUAUGCAACCCUGCAUGGCUAUCGGACCAACUGGGGCUACUGGAACCUGAACGCCAGGCAGUACAUGACCAUGUUCCCCCACACACCAGACAACUCCUUCAUGGGCUUCGUUUCGGAGGAGCUCAAUGAGACUGAGAAGAGGAGCAUCCAGCAGAACAAAGUUAAAAACAUGGCUGUGGUUUAUGGGAAAGAAGCCAGCAUGUGGAAGCUUCAGCAGGGCAAAGAGAGCUUCCUGGAGAUCCUUCACAAGUACAUGGAGGUCCAUGGUACAGUGUACUAUGAGACCCAGAGACCGCCGGAGGUCCCAGCCUUUGUGAAGAACCACGGGCUGCUGCCACAACAAGAGCUGCAGCAGCUUCUCCGUAAGGCCAAGCUCUUCAUUGGAUUUGGGUUUCCAUAUGAAGGCCCUGCCCCUCUUGAAGCAAUAGCCAAUGGUUGCAUUUUCCUGCAGCCGAAGUUCCAUCCACCCCACAGUUCACUGAAUCAUGAGUUUUUCAGAGGAAAACCCACAUCUCGACAGGUAUUCUCCCAGCACCCAUACGCAGAGCAGUACAUAGGCAGACCCCACGUCAUGACAGUAGACUACAACAACUCCCUUGAGUUCGAUUCUGCUAUCAAGGAAAUCAUGAGGACCAAGGUUGAGCCCUACCUGCCUUAUGAGUAUACUUGUGAGGGGAUGCUGGAGAGAGUUCAUGCCUACAUACAGAAUCAGGACUUCUGUGUGCCAGAGUCUCCCUUUAUUCCAGCCAAUUUCUCCAGACUGGGAUCAGCUAGUGGCAGCCGGGUAAUCGGACCUCUGUUUGUGCCCCUGCCGAACUCCAAGGCCCUUGGCUGGGCGUCCAAUGUGACAGCUCUCACAGCUUGGCCUCCUCUCAGCUCCCUCCGACUGCUCGUGUCUCAAGAAGGCCAGUCUUGUGUUGAGGCCUGCCAGUCAUCUGGUUUCAUCUGUGAACCAGCUCACUUCCGCUUCAUCAACAACAAGGAGGCUCUGCGAGGGUUGGAAGUGCAGUGCGAGGUGGUGGACUCAGAGAUCAACCACAUCCUCCCUGCCUUCUCCGUGAUGCGUCAGGAGUGCAGUCUUCAGAGGGAGCCCUUACUCUUCAGCUGUGCAGGCCACUCUCCUAAAUACAGGCGCCUUUGCCCCUGCAGGGACUUCCUUAGAGGGCAGGUGGCACUUUGCAGAGACUGCCUAUAAUGAUGGAACACAUAGGACUACCAUAAAAACAAAAGGCAUGAAUUUAGGAGGAAUUUAAAGAGCUCGAGGUAAAACAGUUGCUGGAUUGUUUAAUGGAUAGUUUGUACAUGUACAGCAGUUACUGCAGGUAGCUAGUGACAGCAGUCAGACUGAGGGAUAAAUGCUUGGAUAGCCUCAAGACAAACCUCUACAUUACCUGCACAGUGAAGACGCAUCAAGUAUUUUAUUCUGAUACUUCACCUCCAUCAUAUUGAGAGUGUGGUUUCACUCCAUGAUGGAGCUGUCAUGGAGAUGGCAACGUCAGGUCAGUAUUCAACCUCCACUCGGCACUCAAACAGAGGAUGAUGGACACCGAGCUUAUCUCUCUUUCUGUUCGCCCUCUCUUCCACUGAUAGAUAUUUAUCAGACUGAACCCUUAUUCUGAGGCAGCAUCAGUCAAAGCGAUCAUCUCUGGGAAGAAAGGACAAACACAAGGCAGCUCACAAGAUUAUUUUUCAAUAAAUAAGCCUUCAUAUCUCUCAGCUGGAUUUUUAAGAAGGUCUUUGGACUUUGUGAUGGGAAAAAAUCAUAAAUAAAGAUAAAAAUCUGAA